UAUGUAUCUAUCCAUCCAUGCCCUCCUCUUUCUCUCUCUCUCUCUCUCUCUCUCCCCCCUUCUCUCUCUCUUAAUUUUGAAGUACAAUGGGUCCUUGUACUCUACCGCUUUUCCAUUUCCAUUCUCUUGAAACAUUUUUUUUUUUAUAAAUAUCUAGUUAGAUAUUCUAGAAGAUUUGAAAUUUAUGAGGGUUUGUUUGCAAAGAUCGUCGCUUUAUGCCGUGUUCCCGUAGAUCUGCUUCUGGGUUAGGCAGACCUUGAGACCCUUAUGGAUCUGCAUGUUGGUUUCGGCUGGAAAUGCGGAGAACGUUUGAAAUUUUUCGUAAUUCGUGAAAUUUCAUGUUUCGAUCUGAUGAAGACUCUUAAUUCUUGUUUCUGGGUGUCUCCAAUAUUUGUGUUUUCCUUUGAAUCUGAGGCCUUUCCGCGCACCUGGAUCUGGGAAAUGGAAUGGUUUUGCUUUUCCGAUGAUAGAUCUCGAGAAUUUCACGGGAAAAUCGACGAGUCCGAGGUUCCAAAUCGGAUUUUCUCGGCAUCCCAGACAGAGAUUUGGGGAACUCUUUGUUGCAUUCGGUUAGGUUUCAAGGUUUUAGUUUCGCGUUCUUCUCAUGGAUGACGAUGGGUUUCGCAAUUGGGGCUACUAUGAACCGGCGAAUUUCAAAGGGCAUCUUGGUCUGCAGCUAAUGUCGAGCAUUGAAAGGAACACCAAGCCGUUCUUACCGGGUCGUGACCCGAACCUGAUGAUCGGGCCAAAUGGGUCGUAUCACCCGAGAGAUUGCGUUGUGUCCGAAACUCCAAUCCCUAUGAAUUAUGGAUGGAUCAACCAGCAGAAGGAUAAGUUCUUCAAUAUGUUGCCUGUUAACCCUCCCAGUUACAGCAAUGUCUUACCCGAAACUUCUGGAGCCCCGUCUAUGCAGAUUCUUCACCCACCCGUUAGCUCGUCCCGGGUGGAGGAAGACCCGGUUCCCGGCCAAGAGGAAAUCCCCCAGACCAAGAAGAGAAAACCUGCUGGGAGUGGUUCAAAUCCGAAAGGCCAUUCAAAGCCAAAGAAGCCUCGGAAACCAAAGGACAACGAUGGAAACGAGCAUAUUCAACGGGUGAAACCGGCUAAGAAAAGCUUUGAUGUGGUCAUCAAUGGAGUGAGUAUGGACAUUUCGAGUCUGCCUGUUCCGGUAUGCACCUGUACUGGAACCCCUCAGCAAUGUUACCGUUGGGGAUGCGGUGGAUGGCAGUCGGCCUGUUGCACUACCAACAUAUCGAUGUACCCUCUGCCGAUGAGUACAAAGAGGCGGGGGGCGAGGAUUUCGGGUCGGAAGAUGAGCCAAGGUGCUUUCAAGAAAGUUCUCGAGAAACUUGCGGCUGAAGGCUUCAACUUUUCGAGCCCGAUCGACCUGAAGAGCCAUUGGGCGAGACAUGGUACCAACAAGUUCGUCACCAUCAGAUAGAUCGGUAGGAGAAUGAACGGUGGAACCAAAAAAAAAAAAAAAUACUUGAGGCCCCUGAUUGAUAUUGAGAUCUGUGUGUAUAUAUACAUCUGUGACCGUUUCCUCCUCCCAUCAACAACUGAGAAUCUCAGAUCAUUUUCAGGUAACUUUGUCGGGUUUAGGGUUUCAUCUGAACUCUUUUUUAAACGUCUGUUUGGUUUUUCUGUCUCAGUCUCUGUUGUUUGUUGGGUUUUGUUUUGAGGUGAAGGUUGAGGGGAAACAUCUGAAGGGAAUUUGAUUUCUUUCUUUUUAUAAAUUCAUCAGUAGCUCGAAUGCUCUCUGUGUCUGACCAUUGAGUUCUUCCUCUGUUUUUUUUUUUAUAUGAAUCACUGACAAUGUAACAGAUGUUCUUUUUAAUUGUAUGUUUUUAUUUUUUGGUGAAAUGACACUCUUCUUUUCUUGGUU